AUGAAGAAGGAUAAUCAGAGCAGCGUGUUCGAGUUUCUCCUCCUGGGGCUCCCCAUCUGGCCAGAGCAGCAGGGGAUAUACUAUACUCUUUUCCUGAUCAUGUACCUGACCACGGUGCUGGGGAACCUGCUCAUCGUCCUGCUCAUCAGGCUGGACUCUCGCCUCCACACCCCCAUGUACUUCCUCCUCAGCCACUUGGCCCUCACGGACAUCUCUUUCUCAUCAGUCACAGCUCCAAAGAUGCUCAUCAACAUGCAGACACAGAGUCAAUCCAUCUCAUUUGGUGGAUGCAUUUCCCAGGUGUAUUUCUUCUUAUUUUGGGGGGAUCUUGACAGCUUCCUUCUCACAUCAAUGGCCUAUGACAGGUACGUGGCCAUCUGUCACCCCCUCCACUAUACCACCAUCAUGAGUCAGAGCCUGUGUUACCUGCUAGUAAUUGUGUCCUGGGUCUUAUCUUGUGCCAGUGCCCUUUUGCAUACCAUCCUCCUGCUUCGGAUGCUUAGUAAGGAGAACCAGAGCAUCAUGUCCGAGUUCUUCCUCCUGGGGCUCCCCAUCCGGCCAGAGCAGCACGGCGUGUUCUUUGCCCUGUUCCUGGGCAUGUACCUGACCACGGUGCUGGGGAACCUGCUCAUUGUCCUGCUCAUCAGGCUGGACUCUCGCCUCCACACUCCCAUGUACUUCUUCCUCAGCCACUUGGCCUUCACCGAUGUCUCUUUCUCAUCUGUCACCGUCCCAAAAAUGUUGGUGGACAUGCAUGCUAAGUACAAAUCCAUUCCCUAUGCAGGGUGCAUUUCACAAAUGUAUUUUUUUAUAUUUUUUACUGACCUGGACAGCUUCCUUAUUACAUCAAUGGCAUAUGACCGCUACGUGGCUAUAUGUCACCCUCUUCAUUAUAGCACCAUCAUGAGGGAAGAGCUGUGUGCCUUACUAGUGGCUAUAUCCUGGAUCCUGUCCUGUGCCAGCUCCCUUUCCCACACCCUUCUCCUCUCCCAGUUAUCCUUCUGUGCUGCUAACACCAUCUCCCAUUUUUUCUGUGACCUUGGUGCUUUGCUCAAGCUGUCCUGCUCAGACAUCUUCCUCAAUGAGUUGGUCAUGUUCACAGUAGGGGUGGUGGUCAUUACCCUGCCAUUCAUAUGUAUUCUGGUAUCUUAUGGCUACAUUGGGGCCACCAUCUUGAAAGUUCCUUCCACCAAGGGGAUAUGCAAAGCAUUGUCCACAUGUGGCUCCCACCUGUCUGUAGUGUCUCUGUAUUAUGGGGCAAUAUUUGGGCAGUAUCUUUUCCCCAAAUUAAGCAAUUUCACUGACAAGGACAUCAUUGUGGCUCUCAUGUACACAGUGGUCACACCCAUGUUGAACCCUUUUAUCUACAGCCUUAGGAACAGGGACAUGAAAGAGGCCCUGGGGAAACUCUUCAGUAGGGCAACAUUUUUCUCACAGUGA